AUGUCAAAGGCGUGCGACCCCAUACCGUCCACGAGCAAUCCUGUGGUUGGUGCUUUCCCUGCACAGAUCCAGCCGAGCGUGCUGAACCUUCCCGCGCGCUGGAAGGGUAACCAGUCUGCGGGAGCGGGGCUAAGCAACCUUGGCAACUCGUGUUAUUUGAACUCCACGCUCCAGUGCCUCGCCUACGUUCCCCCGUUAGCCCACCUCUGCCUGGGCCGUACCCACUCCUCCUCAUGCCCACGCGCCUCCUCCUCCUCCUCCCCCGGAUCCGGAUCCACCCCCGAAAGAAGGUUCCCAAAAGAAAGAGGUUGCCGUACCAUUGUCGAGGAGCUGUUUCUGGGUCGUUGGCAGAGCCAAGUUCGCUGCCUGGCGUGCGGUCACGAGUCCAACACGUACGAGUCCUUCGCGACACUGCCGUUGGACAUAGCCCGGGCUCGUUCCGUACAUGAGGGGCUGCGGUCAUUCAUUGAGGCGGAGCGUUUGGACGGCGACAACAAGUACAAAUGCGACAAAUGCCGUCAGCUGGUUCCCGCCAUCAAGCAAACCACCAUUUGGGAUGACCCCAACGUGCUGGUGCUGCACCUGAAGCGAUUCGACGGGGGAAGUCUGCUGGGCAAGAUUACCCGGCACCAGCAGGAGUUGGAGCUUGCGGAGACGGGAGGGGAUGAUGCCGGUGCUGAUGGCGGCGGCGGGCACAGCAGCAUUUACACCCUGACGGGCGUCUUGGUGCACCAGGGCGCCUCGCUGCACAGCGGCCAUUACUACGCAUUUGUACGGGACUCACACGGCGGAUGGUCGUGCAUGAACGAUAGUCAUGUGUACGGCACAUCGCUCGAGCAGGUACGGCAAGAGCAAGCGUAUCUGUUGUUCUACACGAGG